AGUUUGGACUGGUUGGACCGCUAAAGGAACUCCUUAAAACUUAAGCAAAUCGGAAAACAGAAAUGUCAUCUGCAAUGAGCGUCAUCAGUCCGAAGAAAUUUUACGAUAACCAAAUAAUCACAAAAGUAGCGAUCCAGACAGAGAAAUUGGAUCGCAAACCGUCUUGGGUAAAAGAACAUCGUAGCAUGCCAUCGCACAUUUUAGGACCGACAAUUUUUUGGAAGGAAUUCGACAGACAAGCGGAUGCGCUUGCAACAGCUUUCAAAGAAAGCAGUAAGUACGAAAUGCUUUGCACGUUUGUUUAUCAAAGGGACAAUGGGUAUCGCCGGUUUGUGGUAGCUCAUCCCGAAGUGUAUUGGUGGCAUUACGAGCAUCGACCACCGGAAAAAAGAUGCUCAUACGAGGUAAUUCCAGAAAACUCUCCUUGUCGAUUGUAUCUGGAUUUAGAAUAUUUGGUUGAAUUAAAUCGAGCGCAUGAUGGUCCUGCUAUGACAAGUUUGAUAAUCGGUAUAUUUGAAGCUUAUCUACUCAGGCAUUGGGGCUUACCAUGUAACAUAUAUAACGUAGUCAACUUAGAUUCGAGUACACCUGAAAAAUUCAGCAGACAUAUUAUAUUCCAUAUCAAGGAUGUAGCAUUCAAAGAUAAUAAUCAUGUUGGUAGACUAAUAAAGUCUGUGUGCAUUGACAUCUCUGAUUAUGUUUCUUCGAAUGAAAAACAUCAUGACAUAUUAAGCAGUUUUGAAAGAACAAAGCUAGAACAAUUGUUUGUUCAAACAACAAAGGGUAAAAGAUUGUUCAUUGACACAACAGUUUAUACUAGAAAUAGACAUUUUAGAAUUUAUAAAUCCACAAAAUGGGGGAAACAGUCCAAUUUGGUAAUCUCUGAUGACUGUAAAUAUAUUCCCUCUAACUUGUACAAAGACAAGGAGUUGAACAUAUUUUUGGACUCAUUGAUUUCGUAUUUCGUCGCUACACCAGACCUGAUACUACUAGAAUAUUCAAAACAUGGUACAGCUGAUGCAAAUCGUUUUAAAGAACAGAAAAGAUGGUAUAUUUGUCAGAGACAGAACAACUGUUAUUCGCGUUUCCCGAUGCUGGACAAAUACAUCCAUGACAAAAUACAUCCUGGUAAAAUACGGCUAUGUAAAUACUCCGAUUCCGCGGAGGUGUUAGUCUACGAGACAUAUGGAUACAGAUUCUGCGAAAAUAUCGGUAGGUGCCACAAAAGUAACAACGUCUUCUUGGUCGUAGACUUGCAAAACAAAACACUGUAUCAGAAAUGUCACGACGAAGAUUGUUACGGUUUCCAAUCCGACCCGAAGAAAUUACCGGAAGAAAUUAGCUUCGAAAUUGACGACGAAGGGGAUAUGCUUUUAAAUUGCGUUAUUCUAACUGAAGAUAUAUAGUGCAGGACAACUAGCACUGUUUCUGACAAAAUCUUUUAUUAAGGUAGAAAUAUGAACCAAAGACAAGUUUUAAUAGAUUAGAAACACACACGGACGGAAACAAAGUUCGAUCAAAUGCGUGAUUUCAGGUACACGAUACACGGUGUUUUCCCACAUUCAUUGAAAAUAUGUCUUACAGCUAGUUAUUUUUUUACGCUUUGGAGUGUAUGUGGGUAUGUGCAAUAUCAAGUUUCGUACUGAUUGAUUCAAAUUUCUGCCGUAUAACUCAGAGUACAUGUAACUUACUUGUGCGCUGUUAAAUCUACUCCUAAAGAAGGAUACUACACCUGCGUACCUACAUGUAGGUAUACAUAUGCACGCAUACAGAAAUGCAACCCUACGUAUACAAUAUGUAUAUGAUUCAGAAGAAUAAGUUGUUUACACGCGCACACACACAUGUCUAAUUAAUUCAGUUUCUUAUUUUACACAUCUAUCUAUAUUUAUACUACAAUCAUUGCAUGU